CUUCCGCCGAACGGAUCGUCGCCGGUUUCUCUGCGUUCGACUUCAUUCAUCGCGUUCGGUUUGAUCGCGAUCGUGCCCGUUCGGGAGACUCGCGACCAGCUGUGACAUCGCGAAUAUUCUGUGAAACCGUGCCCCGUUGAACGUAAACCCCCGGUCGGAGGGACGCAAAACAGGAGACACGAUCGUUUUGAAAAGAUCCCACCUGUGGAGCUCGUCGAAACGGUCACGAGUCUACGGAGCUUUGCAGUGAAAAAGAAAACCGGAAGCAGCGCGGACGAUUCCUUGUUGCGAGAAUUUCGAGCGUCGAAUGGUACCAGCCUGUUUUCCGGUUCCGAGCGCGAGGAAAGUGCGUGACAUCGGUGGGGCGGAAUCGUUCCACGCGCCAGAGGAUCGAGAUCGAAGUCGGGUUCGAGAAUCGAUGUCGAAGUCGACGCGGGGCACCGAGUAACGGCGCGAAAGCCAAAUCAAACGGAAGAGAUCGGCGUUCAUUGAGCGCGGCGCGGCUCGUUUCGAGCGAGUGCACCGACAAUUACGUAAUCCUAGGACAGAGAGUGAGACGGAGACCUCGUGCGAGACGCGACGAGGAUGACCUUCGCAGACUUCUCAUCUGUCCGUGUAUCGUCGAGAGAGAAGAAGCCCGAGAUAAGGCCAACCGCGAACUAAUUAAUAUCUAGCCGCGAUCGUUCCGUCCAGUCGAGUCGAGUCGGAUUCGGAUUCGGAUUCGAGCCGAAGAGGAGAAUGUCGACGCACCGCUGGCAGAAGAGAUGACUCCUGAAAGAGGUCUACCUGGCAAGAAACGCUGAGGCAGCCGCAACCGGGGCUAUCGUCGAUCCUCGCCGCGCGUCAGGUGCUCCCUGAGAGAUGACGGUCACUUACACUGCCGAAGUCGCUACCUGCAAAGGUCUCGGUUGCUUUCUAAAAUUACUCCUAAGAUGGCGGGCAAGCAUAUACAAGCUCGUCUGGCUGGACCUGGCCCUUUUCCUCUUCAUAUACUACUCGUUGUCGAGCAUCUAUCGUCUGUUGCUCGACGACGAUCAGAAGAAGAUUUUCGAGGCCGUGGUAGCGUACUGCAACGAGUACAGCGACCUAAUACCGUUGUCUUUCGUCCUUGGUUUCUAUGUCAGCAUCGUUAUGACCCGAUGGUGGAAUCAAUACAUGGUGAUACCGUGGCCGGACUCCAUCGCCGUCUUCGUGUCGGCCACUAUCCACGGGAACGACGAGAGAGGUCGAUUGAUGCGUCGAACCAUCGUCAGAUACGUAUGCGUCUGCCUGACCCUGGUCCUGGCGAUGAUCUCGCCCCGCGUGAAGAAACGGUUCCCCACGUUGGAGCAUUUCGUGGACACCGGUUUGCUGCUGGAGAACGAGCUGGUGAUAUUUCAGAGCCUGAACUCGAAGUUCCCGAAGCCUAGCAAGCACUGGCUGCCGAUCGUCUGGGCGUCGAGCAUCGUGACACGUGCCAGGAAGGAAGGUCGAAUCCGCGACGAUUUCGCGGUGAAGACGUUGAUCGACGAGCUGAACAAGUUUCGCGGCCUCUGCGGCAACCUCAUGCACUACGAUACCAUCAGCGUGCCUCUGGUUUACACUCAGGUGGUAACGUUGGCCGUGUACACGUACUUCUUGACGAGCGUGAUGGGUCGCCAGUGGGUGCAGAAUUCGUCCACGUCCACGUCGAAGAUCGAUCUCUAUUUUCCAGUAUUCACGACGCUCCAGUUCUUUUUCUACAUGGGCUGGCUGAAGGUCGCCGAGACUCUAAUCAAUCCGUUCGGCGAGGACGACGACGACUUCGAAGUGAACUGGAUAAUCGACCGGAAUUUGCAAGUGAGCUACCUAAUCGUCGACGAGAUGCACCACGAGCAUCCGGAAUUGAUUCGCGAUCAAUAUUGGGACGAAGUCUUUCCUACGGAGCUUCCGUACACGGCUGCCUCGCAGGCCUUCCGCGAGGAACACCCGCAGCCGUCCACGGCCGGGAUUCAAUUGUCCGCGGCGCAGCAAGAGCUUCAACCAUCUUCUGUUAGGAUCGACGAAAUGGCGGGGAAUUAUCAACAGAAAUUCCGGCCAGACGACACGGCUGACGACGCCGCGUCCGGUAUACAUUUCACGGCCACGGGAAAAAUGUCAAGGAGCGCUACCGAAAGUGUCAAAAUAGCGAGGAGCGCCAGCAGAGUGAGCAAUCGUGAUCGCACUUUGAGCGGGGGCUCCACGCCCAGCAACCUGGGUGGUUCAUUGACGAGAGUGAACAGCGUGACCAGCGUGCUGAAACGAUUGUUCAGCAAGGAGGACAGACCGGAUGGCGGGCUGAACAGCGGCACCAAAACGCCCGCAAGACUAGCCGCCUCCAGCUCCGCCGCCUCCUUGCAAAAUCGAGCAGUUGUCGGAGGUGGUUCGAUGAGGAUAGGAGUGAUAAAGGAAGAGGCGGACGAGCAGAUGACCCUGACGUCGAUGAAGUCGGACAAGAGGCCUCACGUGCAGAGUAUAUUCUCCCCGGGACCACCGCCUCCUAGUGCACCAGUCGCUGUUCCCGGGUCGGAGCACUCGCGUAACGGGGAGUUGUUCUCGAUCAGUGCCCCCGUGACAGGUGGCAUAUUGGAAGAAGGCAGCGGGAAUGGUAGCGUCAACGACAGGAGAUACGUGACUGGACCAAGGGCGGAACGAACCACGCAAUCGGCGCGUUCCAGCAUCGCUUACGAGCCAGCCAUCAGCUACGUCGGAAGCGUAAUCGCGGACGACCUUAUCAGCACUCGUAGCUCUUCAUGCGCGAGCGUAAAUUCCGACGACGAGUUCACGAAGCUGAAGACGGAACGGGAGAAGCAAAGACGGGACAGGGUGGUAAGACGAUUGGCCAGGAGCUCCAGCGGGCAAAAUAAUUUGAUCGGUGGACAAUCGAGGAGUCCCCUGGACACGGAGCACCUUUUGCUGUCGGAACUGGCGAACGCGUCGCGGUUAUCCAUGGUGCAAAUAGAUGGGGAGGAGAAGGCGGUCGAGAGCGGUCGUCUUUAGCAAAAUUUUCGAUGGUUGUACUUCGAGGUUUAGUUUUCCAAGUUCCCCUCGGGCCCCUCCGCGCCAGGAUAUUUAAAUAGAAAGACUAACGACCGGUCGAACGGUCGACGAUAGUAUACGAGUUUUGACGCAACUUUACAAUUGUCAAAAAUCGAUUCAAACAUUUUCUGUACAUACGAACUUUUUACUAAAAUGAAAGUAAUAGGUGGACCGAACGACGCAGCUGACGAUAGACAUUUGCGAAAGGCUUUGAAAUUGCACGAACCCGAGUUCAAAUAGAAUCGAAAUUGAUUAGGGGGAAAAAAGUUAUAGUGCCUGUAGAAGUAGUUUGUAAAACAUUCCGUCAACGGAAGCACGAUGCCUGGCUUUCUCUAAUAAAAAUAUGGAUUUAAAGAUAGGAUUACGCGAGUCGUGCUUAGUGGAACACUUUGCUACUACGAUUUUACACGCAUUGGAAAUUUAUUCUACGCUCGGGCAAAACGAGCAGAACGAUUCGCACUCUGUACAACUUCUACAGCUUCUUUAAUACUGGAGCCUGACGGCCGUCCGUUGAAAGGUUGUUCAAAUAUUGCACGCGAUGUCCAAAGAUUAAGUUUGUAACAUACAGGUGCAAGCGCGAAAGUAAUUAUCGCUGAAACGAUGGAUUCGCUGUAUAUACCGGCAUAGCUAUCGCAUAAAAUUCUACGUGUCUAUAAUGUGACAAUAAUCGCGGGGAACGUUGCCAUCGAUCGACGCCUUGAGGGAAUUCAAUUUUACACAUCUACGUUUAGCGAGUAAUGCAACUUGAAUCGAUUCUAAAUUUACGAAAACUUGUAAAUAAUAGGCUCAAUUGUAACGUUUCACGAGCAAUAAUUUUCGUUUUUUAUAUUCCGUAACUAUCGGUAUAAAAAACGAGGGAAUGUAGAUAUUAGCGGAUAACUUAACAGGUAACGUUAUUGGAACACAGUUUUAUUUAAUUAAUUUCGUUUUAAAAUAAUACGAAAAUCGUCUUACAUCGAUCGGUACGUGUGAAAUAGUUCGUCGAGGAAUUUUCGAACGAAUCUAAUUUGUUAAAUAUAAGCAACGACCAUUAUACUUUUUGUGGUUACGAAUCGACGAAAGUAUAUUAAAAGUGCCUGCGUUGUGCCCGCCUGUAUCUGGUACUUGACUUACUCGUAUCGUUAAAUAACUCAAAUUUCUACUACUUCGAUGUUACGUUUAAAAAAAAAACGAAGAAUAAACGUGCUCUCUUCGGAGCAACGCGUUCGUGCACGCACAUUCCAGGAAUCGUAAAGGAAUUUAGGCUGAGAACAAAGUCGAUAAAACGAUCGCACAUUUACAGGAUAAAGUUAAUUUGAUAGUUCUCUUACAUUUGUAUUUAUGUUACUUGUACUUACGAUUAUUCAAUUACUUUCAACGAAUGUAGCGUAAUUGCGAAUCGGUACGCAAUGUGCAAGACAAGCGAAAGUUUAGGAUAAACUUGAAACGCCAUCGCACGUCAGUAAAUUUUAUACUACGAAUAAUAGACGAAAUAAACAUUCUAAGAAUUCUGAAACGUACACUUCUAUAGUGUACAUCGUAUGCGUAUGCUUCACAUGAGCGUACAAUUGCAUAGCCUAAUUGACACUCGUUUACUGCCUGUGUAUAGUUCACGUUAGACAUUUUGUCUUUCAUUUUGGAAUUACAUUCCAGGGGCGUGGAUAAAUCUUAUGGUGCUCAUGGUUCAGCAAUUCGUUUAACAGUAUUACGGUAUUGGACUACCUUCUCGGAAUGUCUAUCAGAAAUGUUAAUUUCUUCUGAAUAAACA